AUGGCAAGCUCGUCACCUCUGCUCUCCGCCGACAGCGCCCCAGCUGUGCCCGAGCUGCAUAGAUUAAAUGCAGUCUCGAGCGGGCAGCAGGUGGCCCUGGUCCGCCUCACCGACGACAUGAUCGCGGCCCUGCAGAAGGCGAACGGCGCCGGCGCCAAGAUCAGCAUCAAAAAAGAGGGCGGAGUCAUCACACUAAGCGGCGACAAGCAGUUCCGCUUCUCGAUCCAGUCGAUGGCCAGCACCCCCUCGGACGUGAUGCGGUUGGACAAGCGGCACGGCUACCAGAUGCUCGGCACCAUCCACCAAAAAUAUCAGAUCAAGGCUACCGAGCAGUCGCUGGACGAGACGCGGCAUCGAGCGAAGCUGAUGGCCGAACAAGAAGCCCAGCGCACCGCGAAGGAGGUACCAAAACACCAAACCAAGAUCCUGGCCCAGAAGGCUCAGCAAAUGUCACAACAACGGUUACCCUUCGAACGCUCCAAGUACGCCUCAACCAGCUCUGCCGCCAAACACUCGCCGAUCUCCAACAACAAGCCAAAAGUCCCCGUGCCUCUGCCUUCAACCGCAUCAACGCUCACCGCGUCGCAACGCCCCAACAUGUCCCAGAGCCUCAAGAACGAUCUCAUCCGCAAAAAGCCGAGGCAAAGAGUCAUUCAUCUCAUCGUUACUGGUCGCUAUUCUUCAACCCGUGAAGUCUUCGAAAAGCUGCAAAAGGACGGAUUGGAGAAGGAAACAAAUUACGAGGACAUCAGGAAUAUUGUCAAAGAGGUCAGUGAAUCCGAGGGUACCGGUCCCCUGACGCUCCGUCAAAAUCUCUUCUCCGAAGUCGACAUGCGGUGGCCCUGGUUUACGACCGAAGAAAAGGCGAAUAUUCGACGUGCACAACAGCCGGCCUCCUCGUCCUCUGGUUUCGCGCCUACUCGCAAGACAGGAAUCGACCGCAUUCAACACCGCCCGCCCUCCGGCGAUAGUUCGCGCAAAGAAAAUUCGUCUCCCUCCACUGCCGCGAAUCCCUCGCCGCCCUUGCGAACAACACCCCAGCCUCCAAUCAUGGUGCAGGGGAAGAAGGUGAGCCCCCAAAUGGCGCGUACAAUGCAAGAAACGUUGAACGCGGGGAGGAAGACCGUGUCCCCGGCUUCGUCCACCUCGUCGACAAUGUCCAAGGCCUCGCCCGGUUCCUCUUCGUCUCUCAAGGGAUCGUCGCCGAUCAAGAGCAGCCCUGCCAGCACCAAUUCCAGCAUUGAUCUCCUCGACUCGCUGCUGCCGAGCACCACCGUCAAGCGCAAAGCCCACGAGCCGCCGACGGCUCCGCGGGAAAAGCGGCCCUUCAUCAUGUCCAACACCGACAUCAGCCCACCGAUUCCGCAGAGGCCUCCCCAGCAUCGACCGGUCGCUCGUAAAGAUCUCGACAACGAGCAGGAACGCCAGCGCGCUAUCGCGGCUUCGGGCGGAUCGACUGGCGGUUCCUCGGUCUCAUCGGCAUCCUCGGGAUCUUCCUCUCGGCUCUCGAGCCCUAUCAUCCCAUCCACGAUCCAGCCGUCGCAAGACUGGGCCAAGGAAUUUCCCGAGGCCAAGUCGAAGGAGGACGCCGACAACUACCAUCAAAUGUUCCACAAGGAGUACCCGGCGUACAUGAAGACGUACAAGCAGCUUGAAGCGGUCAGCCAAGAGUUCCGCGAGCUUUCCGACCGCUACGAGCGAGCCAAGCGCGGGAUUGGCGAUGAUGUGGAGGAGGUUGAGCGCAGCAUUCAUGGGAGAUACUAUCGCUACCAAAAGGACGCCGAAUUCGUGCGGUUACGCCAAGAACACGCCGACCACCAAGCCAAGCUGGAGAUUAUCAAGCAACGCAUCGCCGCCUUCCAAAAUGGUCGCCGCAACGACAACCAUCUCUCCGCCUCGUUGAGCUCCAUCUUC